AUGGCUAAUAGUUCUAAAAAAGCUAUUGAAGAGUUUUUAGAUGAAAGUUUUGAAUCAGACAUAUCGAAUGUGUAUGAUUCUGAUGCCGACCCAGAAUAUCGACCAGGUGAGAAUAAUACUAAUAUUAAUUUUGCUGGGCCAUCACAAAGCUUAGAAUUAACAAGUGCAGACGAUCCAUCAGCCGAUGAAUCGUUUUCCGAAAGUUCAAGUGAUAGCAGCGAUGAUGAACCUAUUGAUAAUAGUAAUUUAUGGGUGAACAAUUAUUUAGACAUUCCAGACUUUGGUUUUAAUAGUGAUUCGAUAGGAAUAAAAUUAGAAAUUAAUGAAAGUGCUCGUGAUAAUCCAAUUGAAAUUUUUAAACAAAUUUGGACCGACGAAAUAACUGAAAUAUUUGUAACUUCUAUUAAUAAAUAUGGUGAAAAUAUGAGUCUCCAAUGUCGUCCUCACAAUAAAGGUAGUAGAAAUACACAUUUUAAGCGAACAACCUCUGAAGAAGUACAACAUGUUUUGGCAGCGUGUUUGCUUGGAGGUUCCAUACAAUUUUCGGUUGUUAGAGAUAUGUUCUCUAAUAACCCAUUAUAUUAUCAUCCUAUUGCUGGUCACAUUAUGUCAGGACGGAGAUUUGAGAAAUUAUGUAGAUGUUUUAGUGUAGAAUAUGCAAAUGAUACAAAUCCAUUAGUAGGCCCUAUGAAAAAACUUUAUCCAGUAUUUGACAUAUUAGUAUGGCGACAAUAUAUAAAAGGAAAAAAGGCUAAAUAUGGUAUAAAAUUCUACGAAUUAUGUACUCAAGAUGGUUACGUUUUGAAUGUUGAUAUGUACAAAGGCAAACAAACAUCGUCAGCAGUUGAGGAGGGAGUAUCAAAAAAAAAAAAAACCCAUACAACUGGUACUCUAAGGUCCAAUCGCAGAGGAAACCCAAAGGAAGUAACCACUAAAAAAUUAAAACGUGGUGAUCAUAUUUGGAGACGCAACAAAUAUGUGUAUGUAUCCAAAUGGAAAGAUAAACGCGAUGUUUUAUGUUUAACUACUAAAAAUCAUCCAAAAAUUAUACCUUCAAAAAACAAAUACGGCAUACUCAAAAAUAAACCAGCAGAAAUAGUGGACUAUAACAACUACAUGAGUGGCAUUGACCGCAGUGAUCAAAUGGUCAGCUAUUACUCAUCUCCAAGAAAAUCGGCUAGAUGGUAUAAGAAAUGUUACAAAACUAAAAUACGAAAACAAACAUCACUUCAAUGUAAAGUCUGUGGUAAACCUCUUUGUCCUGGGAAAUGUUUUGAAGAAUGGCACAAUCAUAAUCAAUGA